CUCCCAUCAUGCACCGGUGCUCGCGGUUUCAUUCGUCAGUCUCGCGGGCUACGCUUUGUUAUGGCGGUAUCGUUCGAAACUUACCGAAGUUCAGACGUCAACUGCUGAAAUAUUUAAAUACCCAAGUCGGCAACCCAAGCCAAGGGUUUGAGCCAGGUCAGCAUCAUCAUCAUCAUGUCGUCUCCAGCUGGACUCCAGCAAGGGCAGCUUCACUUCCUGUCCCAGUGGAUGCCGGACAGCUCCCGCGCUGGGGUGAUAUUACACGGGUCCCCAGGAGAAGCCGGUUUAGGGUCGGUCCGGAGCAGCGGCAGUCUGGUGGUUCAGGAUCCAGACGACUCUUUCAGCUGUCAGUUUGCCCCGCUGCCCCUCUCCCGGAGCAGCAGCUGUGCCAGUGUGGAUGUGUGCAGUCCGGGUGGAGGUGGCAAGACACUCAGGGAAACUGAGCUGUUUGAUGCAUCUUUAAACACUGAGAUUCAGAGUAUCCAAGAUGUUUUAAGAAACACACGGGAUCUGCCAUUAAUAGCUAAGCUUGAACAGCUGAAGCAAAUGCAACAUCGCAUGCAAGAGCAGCUAAAAGCCCACCAGCAGGAACAGCUGCUUAGACUACAACAUGAACCACAAAGACUUCUGGGAAAACCACAGAAUACUGCAGAGAUCACUGGGUGGAACCAGGAACAAAGUGUGGUGGAGAUGAACAGUGGACAUGAUGACAGUGAUCGUAAUUAUGAAGAAUCACUUCAGUCCACUAUUGAAGAGCAAACUAUGUACAAAAAAGUGUGUGACUCAGAGCUACAAGACAGACCUAUCAAAUCGGGGUUUGGUGGGAGAACAUUUGAAGAAAUACUGGAAGAGCAGCUCAAGAUGGAAGACCAGAAACUGAUGGGCAAGAACGCUCUGGCUGAAAGUGUGAAGGUGAAAAGACCCUUUCUUAAACGAAGAGAAGGUCUGGCCAGGUUUACCAGGGGAAAAGCCGCUGUGCCACCACACAGAAAAAGUCCACCUAACCCCAAGCCCUCCUCAUGUCCAAAUCCAAAAGUUUCCCAACACCUGGACAUGAGGUCCAACAAGAACUCUGUCAAAAACAAAACCGAAGGCUUAAGAUCCACACAUCCUGUGAUCCAACGUAAGACUGCUGUGCUCAACAAAGAGAAUAUUCCUCAAAAUAAAACCACAGCGCCAGUCACCAAGAUGACCGUUCAACCUCGUGUUCUUGUUGGACACCAGAAUGAGAAUAUGAGCCCCAUCUCAGCUCAGUUCCAACAGAAACCUGAUCCCUCGUUCAAGCAGAAGAUCAACAGUGUCACCACAGCAGACAGCAAUAAGGAAGGAGAAUGUAGUGGUGUGGAGGAUAAUGCAUGUGUUGCAGAAAACUCAUUUGAGGUGUGGUUCACAGAGCGGAGACAGCGCUGGGAACAAGAUCAACAGCGUGAGUGUGUCGAACUCGGAGAGUUUGAGUUGCUAGAACGAGCAGCGGAUGAAAUAUCCUUCUCCAGCAACUCAUCCUUCAUCAGCACUCUCCUUCAGAGAGACCGCAGGCGUCUCUCCUCCACACCCAUCAAAGCGACCAGUCAAUCUGCACUACCUAGCCGUGGUCAAGGUCCCGCAGUAACUCCUGAACCCAUGUUGGGUCCUAGUGCACCAGUUCCUCCUACAAACACUGCAAUACAGAGGGACAUCAUUAGCAUAGGACCGAAAGAACAGAGAGGGUUCUCCAAAGAGGAAACUGAUGAAAAGUUGGAUGACAACUCCUUGAGUUGUAAUUCAGGGUUGCAACCCCUUCCCAAUCUACUCAUAACCCACUGCUUUCAAGUGCCUACCACUCUGCCUUAUGAUAAACGCACCUAUCAAGACAGGGAUGGUGCCAGCAGUCCAGACGAGGAUGAGAGGAGUUUGAGUACCAAUGGAGACUCUACUCUCAUAGAAUCAAGGGCCCAGUUAGAGUUUGAUGAUGAUGAUACCUGGAAUGAACCCGAGGAGGAGUCCUGUUGUCCUGCAGAGGAAUCCCCAUCAGAAAGGGCUCUGAAAAGGAAGGUUGCUUUCUCUAAAGGGGUAAAACCAGCAGGUGGCAGUCCACAUGCAGUUGGAAGUCUGAAAGAAGCCCCACCGACAUCUCAGUUGGUAUCAAAGCUGUUUCCAGCGCUCAAGUCUAAACCUUCUCCUCUGGUAACAGUGGUGCAGGUUCAGGAACCACAGAGCGUGCUCAGUGAAGAAGGAGCAGCUCAAUCGAGACUUCUUCGUGAGCGUUUGGUGGAGCUGGAAACUGAGAUUGAAAGGUUCAAAUCUGAGAAUGCAGCACUGGCCAAACUAAAGCAGGAAAACCAGGACACAAGAGAUAAUCUCAAAAAAGAAAAGGCUGAAUUUGAAAAGAAGAGGAUGGAGGAAAUUGCAAAAUGGGAGGAGUUUAAAAGGGAGGAACACAAGAAAUUGCAGCGUGAAAGGAAGCUUUUUGAAAAGCAUGCAGCAACUGUGAGAGCAAGACCUGAUAAACAAGAACGAGAUGAGAUCCAGGCUCUAAAGCAGCAGUUAAAUGUGCUGCAGGAGGAUUUGCGCAAACGAGAGUCUCGUUGGAGCAACACACAGAGCCGUCUCCGACAGCAGGUAGACGCUCUGAGUGCAGAGAACGCGUCCCUCAGAGACCAAGUGCGGACACUGGAGAAACUGCGCCUCAGUGUGUGGAAGAGUGCUGAGAAAGAGAAGGAAAAAGGAAGGUUCUCCGUGUCUAGCAAUAAAACUAGUACUGGAUCCAAACAUACAGAUUCCAGGAGUCCGUCUCAGAGCUCAAAAAACAACAGCAACAGAAAGGGAAGUCCAGAGACACAGAUCCCUCUCGCAAACUCUGCUUUUUUCCCUGAACAAAUGAAAGAGAGUAUCAGCUUCAAAUAUGAGCCAAGUCCAGUGGAAACCCAGUGUUCGGAUGGACUAGUUAUGACUGAGAUGAACCAUGAUGCUCCACUAAUUAACUCGCUCUCUGCCAAUGAACAAUCAGAGAAGGAACAGGAAGAGAUCACGCAAUCAGACAAGAUUGAGAAGGUGUUUCCUGAUGGAGGCAGACUUCUUGUUUUUCCAAAUGGCACGAGGAAAGAACUUUCUGCAGAUGGGCAGACAGUCAAAGUUAUGUUUUUCAAUGGGGAUAUGAAACAUACAAUGCCUGAUCAAAGAGUGAUUUAUUACUAUGCAGAAGCUCAGACCACACACAUUACCUAUCCAGAUGGGAUGGAAGUGCUUCAGUUUCCUAACAAUCAAACAGAGAAACAUUUCCCUGAUGGUCGUAAGGAAAUCACUUUCCCUGAUCAGACGGUCAAGACACUUUAUCCUGAUGGAAGAGAGGAAAGUGUUCUCACAGAUGGAACAAUAAUACAGCUGAAUCCGGAUGGCAGUAAGGUGAUCCAGUUUAACACAGGUCAGCGAGAGAUCCACACUGCAGAUUUCAAAAGACGAGAGUAUCCAGAUGGUACGGUUAAAACAGUUUACUCAGAUGGACGGCAAGAGACACAAUACCCAACAGGACGCGUGCGGUUAAAAGACGCACAGGGUCAUGUCAUUAUGGACACGAAGGCAUGAAAGACCCAAAAUUUUGGUUUUAUUUUAAAUGAAAGGAAAACAAGUGGACUUGAAUGAAAUUUAGUGAAAGAAUAUCUGCAUUGUGUAAAUGUGUCAAGUAUUUAUUUGGAGUGUAAUUUCUGUAAAAAAAUAAAUCUGUGUUGUGUUUAACAGUUA